GAAUUCGCAGCUACAUUCCGACAAUAUUCCGACACUUGAAACGGCUGUUUUAAGUGCCGCGCGAUGGCAGCCCCUGCGCGAUGGCAGCCUCGAGGAAACAUUCGGUAUAAUGCAAGCACUCCUUUGCACGCAGCAGCAUCAUGAUUAUGCACACGUCACGUGAGCCCCGGGGUCACAUGGUCAUAACAACAAUAGCCGACAAUUCAAAUACAUUUUACGCGAACGCCACGCAGUGAGAACGUGAGAAGAACGUGAGAAGAACUUGUCGGAAUAUAGCUGCAAAUUCCACUUUCUGUCCAGCAUGUCCAGAUGGACUCUGGCAUCUUUCAAAAUGACGUCAGUACAGGGAGCCGGAGAUAAACAAAGGGAGGAAGCCGACGUCGUUUGUCAUUCUGAAGCAUCUCAGAAUCCCGUCGACUGCUUGCCAAAUGAAAUCCUAUGGAAGAUAAUUGGUUUUCUGUCGUUAGAAGACUUGUGUUAUCUGGCUGUAUGCAGCAAGACAUGGAGGAACGUUACCAACACCAACAGCCUCUGGCUUCAUCUUUGUAAGCUGAGAGAUUGGGAGCGUUUUGGUACGGAAGUAGAUCUCCGCAAAGAGACGCCAAUCCACUCUACAGGGACCAGCACCAGUGGUACCAGUCCAACCUUUCAGACUGAUUCGGUCAUUAAUGACGACUGUAACCUGAAGGAUCUUGCACCAACCUGUGAAUGGAAGGAGGUGUACAUGAGAGCUUGGCAUCUGGACAGGAACUGGUCUGAGGGGCGUUACCAGGAGCACAGUCUUGUGUUGUCCGACUCAGGGUCUGACUUUAAUAAUGCGACAACAAGAUGUGUAGCAAGUGAUGGCACGAUAUUUGGGGCCGGUGAUACUACCGAGUAUGUGGGACUCUGGGAGUUGAAAUUUAGUGGACAAUUUCUGCAGAAGAUUCAACCCUCCAAAUAUAUCCCCUUACCACGAACAUCUUAUAAUGAGAUAGAAGCUAUGACCAUGAAGGAUAACAUAGGGGUGGCUGCUUUCAUGGGAGGUAUUCUGGUAUUUGAAGCCAGCACAGGCAAUGUUUUGAAACUGAUCCGGGGUACGGCGAGUGACUUUGAUAGAUACAAGCCGUCUGGUCUGUACAUGGAAGAAGACAAAGUCAUUGUAUCAUACAGGCAUUACCAGAGGGCGGAUAACGAUGAAGGUGCUUUUCAACGAGCAGGUAUUGCUGCCGUCGUAUUCACGCCGUAUGAAGACAAACAAGACUUGGUUUUCUGGAGCCGCGAUGGCUCACUCCUGAACAAGCACAAGUCAAAAGUGAAUAGUUACAAAUUCCACGGUAUUGCUGCCUACAACACCCCUAACGUGGUUUUCCUGAACCGAGAUGGCAUAAUAUUAGACACGCAAUACAAGUUCUACAUAGCAAGUAGUGGGAAAAUAAUCAGAAACAGAAUUGUCACGAACACCUGA